UAGGUAUUUGUCAUACUUGUGGAGAAAAAGUAACUGGUGUUGGUCAAGCAUGUCAAGCUAUGGGAAAUCUAUACCAUACUAAUUGUUUUAUAUGUUGCUCUUGUGGAAGAGCUUUGCGGGGCAAGGCUUUUUAUAAUGUACAUGGAAAGGUUUAUUGUGAGGAAGAUUAUUUGUAUUCUGGCUUCCAACAGACAGCUGAAAAAUGUGCAGUAUGUAAUCAUCUUAUUAUGGAAAUGAUUUUACAGGCAAUGGGUAAAUCUUAUCACCCUGGAUGCUUUCGUUGCUGUAUCUGUAAUGAAUGCUUAGAUGGAGUUCCAUUUACAAUUGAUAUGGAUAACAAGAUUUAUUGUGUCAAUGAUUAUCAUAAGAUGUUUGCACCAAAAUGUGCAGCAUGUGGAAAAGCUAUUAUUCCAGUUGAGGGUACAGAUGAAACAGUACGUGUUGUAUCAAUGGAUAAAGACUUUCAUGUUGAUUGUUAUAUCUGUGAGGAUUGUGGAAUGCAGUUGACUGAUGAACCAGAUAAAAGAUGUUAUCCAUUUGAGAAUCAUCUGUUAUGUCACAGUUGUCAUAUUAGAAGGCUUGAAGUAAUGGGUCAGAAUUUGGAAAUUCAUAUGCCAUUGCAAGUGGGCGAUCUUUAAUGAAAAACUGAAAUAUUAAGCAAAAAUAUAUAAUUUCUUAUUAUACUUUUAUAUAUGUAUGUGAAUAACUGUCUUAUAAAAGAAAUAGAAUGUGUUCCAUAAUCACAUAUAUUUUAAUAAGCAAUCAAAGUGAUGAUAAUUAUUGUUUCCAUGUUGUUAAAUUCGUUGUGAAUGUCAUUGAUACUCUAUACUUGUGACCUUAUUGUAGUAAUCUUUAAGAAAUGAUAUAACUAAUAGAAAAUUUAAAUUGGCUAUUAUUUGAUAAGAAUUUAACAAUACAAAGAUUUUAGGGCAUAAUGUAGGUCACAAUUUUUUAAUUUCAGUAGAAUUUUGUGAGCUGUUUUAUUAUAAAAUGUAAUUAAAAAAACAUGAAAAUUGAUUCUAGUCGAUUGUAUAAUGGAGCGCUGGCUGCUCUAGACAGCAAUCGACAAAAACAACAGAUGGAUCAAAUUUUUUAAAAUAUUUUAAUUAUUAUAAAUAUUUUCUGGAAAUAUUUGAUACAGAGAUAUAUUAUUCUUCUAUAUAAAUAUAUAUGUAUAUCUUUAUAAAUAAAUAUAUAUUAUUUUUAAUAUUCUAUAUUCACCAAAAGCAACAAUAGUUAGAUGGUGUGAUAUUACAGCUCUGUGAUAAACUUAUGUGUAAUUUUCCAAACCUUUAUUAUUCAGUACUUUAAAAUUUUAUUGUAAAGAAAUUAGUUUUUUAGCAGAUGGUUUUAAAAUAUUUUCAUUGAGAAUUGUUUGACAAUCAAAACUUUACUAUAAUUUAUCCAGUAAUUAAAAUGCCUUGCUAAAACAUAGUUGAUAUAUCCAUCAUCUCAAUUUAUCUUUUAUAUUCAUUCUUGAGAA